UCCUGCAUCCUGUAAGAGGGGUGCAUGGAGAGCAGAACGCAGCACUAACCCGCAUGUGGAUGUCAUUGCGUUAUUAUUGUUACUCAGGCAGAUAAUCCUAAUGAUGUUUCUUUUCCUCCUCUUGUUCUCCGGCCUGGGACUUGGCUCUGCCUUCAUUCCAGAUGUGAGCUGUCUCAUCGUCAACCUUGAGCACACAGACUGCACGUGGGACCGUGGGAGCAACCCAGAGCUCAAUUUCACCUUCCAGAGCAGGCUGGGUUCCAGACUGCCCUUCCGUGACUGCCCCCAGUACCUGCGGGAGGGUGGUUACAACGUGGGCUGCAGACUGCCACAUGAAAUAAACGAUAAGUUUUCUCCACUGCACACCAGACUGUCUGGUGACAACAAUGUCAUGAAGGAACAGACCACUGAAAUGAAGGAGCGGGUGAAACUAAACCCACCGCUUAAUCUCUCUGUGGUGGUGAACAGUACAAACCUGGAGCUCUGGUUAUACUGGAACACCAGUACAAAAAGCACCUGUACGGAGAGUGAAGUGCGCUACAGGAAGCAGGAUGAUCAGUGGCGUUCUGUUUUGACUUCGACGUCGGCUUCAUCGUACAGCUUGCCUCAGAUUUCCCUGAAGCAUCAGUAUGAGCUCCAAGUGAGGGUCCGGGUAUCAUAUUCAUGUGGCCAGUCCAAGUUCUGGAGCGACUGGAGUGUGCCGAUCUUCUGGGGCAACACAACAGCUGUCACCCCUGUCCCCUUGAAGACUUUCUACUCACUCAUACCUGUAUUGGUUCUGGGCAUCAUCAUGGUGGUGAUGGUUGUGAUCUACUUUACUCAUGGAGAAAGAAUUAGAAUUAUAUUUGUUCCUGUUGUUCCCAACCCUGGCAAGAACUUGGAGGACCUCUUCAAAACCUGCAAUGGAAACGUUGAGGAGUGGCUGCACAUCUCCAAGGAGUUUAAGGAAGGUUUCCAGCCUAACUACUCUGAGCCUGCCUGUCUUGUGCGUGAGUGCCCCGCCUUCUCGGAUGCUACUGGCUGGGUCUCUGUUCAGACCGACCAAUCAGAGCGCCCUUCGAUGGUGCCCUCUCUGUCAGUGUCACCCCCUGUUCCUGAGAAUCUACCGCCAGGCCUAGUUUAAAGGAUCUUCUCAGCUUUCCUCUAUCUGGCAACAAAUUUUAUUUCUUCUUAUUUUUUCCCCCCGACAUUUUAGUACCGCUUUUUUAAUUUUUAUUAUUUUAUUAUGUUGUUUUCUUUGCCAGCUCCUGGUACAUGUAUGAUCCACUAGCUAAGGACUAUGGUGUGUAUUUUAACUCUGGGCAGAUUUUCUUUGUUGACAUUUUGUGUUCAAAUGAUUAUAUAAAACAAGUUUUCCUGUGCAAUGCCUUAUCCUCACCUGUAUGUCUGCUCUUAAGUUUUACGAACAACUGUAGAAGGGUCUUUGUAUUCCUGUAUAUCACAGACCUACAGUGCAUAAAGACAUCAAACACCAUUUAGAAUAAUCACUGCAUGCUUUACUGACAAAGAAGGUUUACUGGAAAUGUUCACUGGAAACUUGCAAUGUUCGAUGCCUGUAAUUAUUUUUUGAUGCAAUAAAUAUUUCCUUUUGAUUGUU